AUUAAAACCCUACACCCUUUCUGCAUGGAGGAAUCAGUGGAGGAGGCCGUAGUUGAUGCCCAAUUCAUGUCCAAAUUUCCCCACGACCCUUACUGGGAGAGGCCUGCUAAUGCCAGCUCCUGUUCUGUCUCUAGGCCCAAGACACUCCACCUUGGAGGAGGGCAACAACAUACCUCAUCGCCAUGGUUGCAGGCUCUGAGAAAGGAGAAGUCCCGGGAUGCAGCUCGCUCGCGGCGGGGGAAGGAGAACUUUGAGUUCUACGAGCUGGCUAAGAUGCUGCCCCUGCCUGGCGCCAUCACCAGCCAGCUGGACAAGGCUUCCAUCAUCCGCCUCACCAUCAGCUACCUGAAGAUGAGGGACUUCGCCAACCAGGGGGACCCACCAUGGAACCUGCGCAUGGAAGGCCCGCCGCCCAACACCUCCGUCAAAGCUAUAGGAGAUCAGCGAAGGAGGACUCCCAGUGCGGUAGCCUCAGAGAUCUUCGAGCCACACCUUGGGAGCCACAUAUUGCAGUCCCUGGAUGGAUUUGUAUUUACACUAAACAAGGAGGGAAGGUUUUUGUACAUCUCUGAGACGGUGUCUAUAUACCUGGGGCUUUCACAGGUGGAGCUGACAGGAAGUAGUGUGUUUGACUACGUCCACCCUGGCGAUCAUGUGGAGAUGGCAGAGCAGCUGGGCAUGAAGCUGCCCCCGGGGCGAGGCCUCCUUUCUCAGGGCACCGCCACCGAGGACGGCACCAGCUCUGCCUCCUCCUCCUCACACGCAGAGACCCCUGAGCCAGUCGAGUCGACCAGCCCCACCCUGCUUCCCCCAGACAACAUUUUAGAACGCUCCUUCUUCGUCCGUAUGAAGUCCACACUGACCAAGAGAGGUGUCCACAUCAAGUCUUCAGGCUAUAAGGUGAUCCAUGUUACAGGCAGGCUGAGGAUCCGUAUGGCAAUGACCCACAGUCGGUCGGUACCCAUUCAGAUCAUGGGCAUGGUGGUGGUAGCCCACGCCCUCCCCCCCCCCACCAUCAACGAGGUGCGCAUAGACUGCCAGAUGUUUGUCACCAGGGUCCACAUGGACCUCAACAUUGUCUACUGUGAGAAUAGAAUUAGCGACUACAUGGACCUGACGCCAGUGGACAUCGUAGGGAAGAGGUGCUACCAGUUUAUUCACGCAGAGGAUGUGGAGGGCAUCCGGCACAUCCAUUUAGACUUGAUAAACAAGGGCCAGUGUGUGACCAAGUACUACCGCUGGAUCCAGAAGAACGGAGGGUACAUCUGGAUCCAGUCCAGUGCCACCAUCGCCAUCAAUGCCAAGAAUGGCAAUGAAAAGAACAUAAUCUGGGUCAACUACGUACUCAGUAAUCCAGAGUACAAGGACACACCCAUGGACAUCGCCCAGCUACCCAACCUUCCAGAGAAAGCCUCAGAGUCUUCAGAGACAUCCGACUCUGAGUCCGAGUCCAAGGACAACUCUGACGACAACGAGAACUCCAAGUGGGACAGGAAGGGGAACCAGACUGAGAACACAGAGGACCCGGAAACAGACAGUAAAAAGCAGCAGCAGGGCCAGUCGUCCUCAGAGCAGGAGAUGAGGCGUCAGGAGGAGGGAGACAGCUCCUCCAACCCAGAGAGCCAGGAGAGCGAGGACGAUCUGGAGCCCAGCGACUGUGAGGUGGAGACCAAGGAGGGCAGACUGGGCCGGCUGGAGGACCUGCACAUCAAGGUGGAGCACUACGGAGAUGGAAACGGAGGGGUGGAGCUGCACGACUCGCCUUCCUCCUCUGAAGAAGAGGAAGAUGAUGAUGACGAUGAGGAAGAUGACGACAGCUUUAAAGCCUGUGACAGCGCCACCGACACUCUCGCCACCCCCGCUGCCAGUAAGCAGCAGAAGCGUAAGAAGAGGAGGAAAAAGCAGAAAUGGGACGGUAGUCGUCCUAAACGUAUGUGCCUCUCCUCUGCCACCCCCAGCUCUAACACCUUUGUUGGGGCUGUCCCCCUCCUGCCGACCCCCUCCCCUGCCAGUGCCUCUGUGCUCAAGAUCAAAACGGAAAUGUCCGAGCCCAUCAACUUCGACAAUGACAGCAUCAUCUGGAACUACCCACCCAACAGAGAGAUCUCCAGGAACGAGUCUCCCUACAGCAUGACGAAGCCCGUCCCAGCCCACGAUACCUUCCCCUCCCCACAGCCUGGUAGUCUGCAGGUCUCCAUCCCAGACUCAGUGCUCACCCCCCCAGGAACAGAGGGGGGCAGUGGGGGCGCAGGUACCAGGAAGGGCGUACCCCCCUCCUUCAGCGGUUAUAGCAGCGCCCCCUCCUCGGCCUCCAGCGCCGCCAGCCUGGCCCCUCCCUCUGGCUCUGGGUCCUCCUCCGACCCCCUGUCCCCGCCCCUCUCGGCCUCGCCGCGCGACAACCAGCAAUGUCAGAGCACCCCCACCACGUCCGGCUCCUCCCUGCUGUACACCAGCGACCUGGAGGCCCUGCAGAGGCUGCAGACCGGGAACGUGGCGCUUCCACUGGUCCAACGUGUCACCGGCACCCUCGCCACGACCAGCACUGCUGCCUCACGGGUCUACACCACUGGCACCAUCCGCUACGCCCCCGCCGACGUCACUCUGGCCAUGCAGGCAGGCGCCAACCUGCUGCCCAACAAUGUGGCCCACGCUAUGAACUUUGUGGAUGUCAACGGUAGCCCCAGCUUUGGCAUCGACCCCAAGACACCCAUGGAGAUGCUGUAUCAUCAUGUCCACCGGCUCAACAUGGCUGGCCCUUUUGGAGGUACCAUGUCCGGCGCCAGCCUCACCCAGAUGCCAGCAGCAAAUGUAUUCACCACGGCAGAGGGACUGUUCUCUACUCUUCCAUUCCCUGUCUACAGUAACGGGAUACACACCACACAAACUCUGGAGCGCAAAGAAGAUUAGAGCAAAACACCAAGACCAUAUUACUGUGUUCAACUGUCAGAGACUCUUUGAGGCAUAAGACUGUGUUUCAAGUGGAAAAUAAAUAUAUUCUAGCAUUUUGAAUUUGAGCAAUUGAGCUUGUGUACUAGAAAUGAAUGGCUCCUUGUCUUUCUAUCCUUUUCUCUCUCUCUCUAUUGACUCCCAUUCUAUCAAUCUAUCGUCUUCUUCUUGCUCCUCUUACAGUACUAUCAAUUAGAUUUUCUCUGAUCAAACUCAACUGACUAUUGUUUGUUGUAAAGAAUGAAUGUUUGCCUACAGAGAAUUCAUAUUACCGUUGGUCUCCUACUGAACUCUGGGGUAAACUACUUUUUAUUUGAGUUGAUUAUGUUGCAUCUUUAUGAAGAUGUCUAGUGUAUUUAAAGAGUGAUGGUGGAAGAUAUAUUUCUAUGGAAAGAAACCCUUGGAUGGUUUUGCUUCAUAUCUUGAUGUGAUCAAGGUUGACUAUGACAAAAGGAUGUUACUCUGUUUGACAUUGUCAUAGAAAUAACCUUAAGAAAUACGUUUUAAGGUUAGAUCAUAAUAAGGGUAUAGUAGUUUAUUUUAUAAUUAAUUUUGUUUAUUUUUUAUAGAACAGAUUUAACUUGCAAAUCAAGCAUUAAAAUGCAAUUUUAGCAGGGUAUUUGCCUGUGAAUAGAAUGUUAUAAAUCCCAGGACUUUGGAACAAGUACAGGUCGGUGUGAGAUACAAGUAUUCCCCUGGUUCCAUUUCCUUGGUUAUGUCUCAAAUGGCACCCUGUUCCCUAUUUAUUGCAUUACUUUUGACCAGGGCACAUAGGGCUCUGGUCAAAACUAGUGCACUACUUAGGGAAUAGGAUGCCAUUUGGAAUGCACUCAUCCUCUGCAGAUCCAUGGUGCUACUGUUCCAUCAAGUUACUGCCCUCCUUCAGCGGGCUGAUGUAGGUUCUUCUGUUCCACAGCUCUCUCACAGAGAUGAGUGAUUGAGUGACAGCUGGGGAGAGUCAAACCUCUAAUCAACAUAGUUUUGUGUUCAUUACCACUCCCCUCAGUCAAGUUCAAGGGCUCAAUCAGAUUGGGCCUGAAGGAUAGAAUAUACCUAUAUGGAGCAGAUUGAUUUUGUUUGUAUUCUUUGAAAACUAGAUCACUUUCUAGUCUCAGUGUAACAGAGGCUAAUUUGCAUCAUUAA